AAAGUUUUCAAAACAACAGCUGAGGACAGCUGAAUGUGUAUACCUUAUCUUUGUUUCGAUGCUUUAACAGAACCACUUCUUAGAAUUCAAUUCAGUUGUGAAGUCGGUUGAAAACUUACGUUGCUGUUUGUACUGUUUAUUUUGACGUUGUCGCACGUCAUUAGCUCCCUACUGGCUGAAUUCCCAAACAUUUUAAAAAUCCCAAAGUAAACAGCGUCCACCAAUCUAUCUUUAUUUCGAUGACCAAAGAUGCAUAAUUUAGCGUACUGCUUGCUCACUACCUUCCUUAUUACUGUAUACAUCCGAACUGGGAGCUCUACAGAUGAACUGAAACAUGAAACUGCAAUGAAAAGAAGCCCAUAUGAAACUACCAAAUUUCCUAGCAUGAGUCAAAAGAAGAAACCACCUGUCCCAAUUCAAGAUCAAUCAUACCGUUACACACCAGACUGGGAAAGCCUUGAUUCACGGCCUCUUCCAGCAUGGUAUGAUGAAGCAAAGUUUGGCAUUUUUAUUCAUUGGGGUGUUUUUUCGGUGCCCAGUUUUGGAAGUGAGUGGUUCUGGAUUAACUGGCAGGGUUCAAAAAACCCAAAAUAUGUUGAAUUCAUGAAAAAGAACUAUCCACCAGGAUUUUCAUACGCAGAGUUUGGUCCAAUGUUUACUGCUGAAUUUUUUGAUCCAGACCAAUGGGCUGAUAUUUUCAAUAGUUCUGGUGCAAAGUAUGUUGUCCUGACCAGCAAACACCAUGAAGGAUUCACACUUUGGCCUUCCAAAUACUCAUGGAAUUGGAACGCGAUGGAUGUCGGACCUAAAAGAGAUUUAGUUGGUGAUUUGGCAAAUGCAAUUCGAAACAAUACCGACCUCAAAUUUGGCUUGUAUCACAGUCUUUACGAAUGGUUCCAUCCGCUAUACAUAAAAGACAAAGAAAACAAUUGGAAAUCGCAAGAUUUUGUCAAGUCGAAAACAAUGCCAGAACUCUACGAAAUAGUUAAUAAAUAUCAACCUAGCGUUGUUUGGUCUGAUGGAGACUGGGAAACAAGUGACAAGUACUGGAAUUCUACCGAUUUCAUCGCUUGGUUAUAUAACGAUAGCCCAGUGAAAAAUGAAGUAGUGGUAAAUGAUCGCUGGGGCUCGGGUACAACGUGCAAGCACGGAGAUAUUUAUACCUGUACCGAUCGGUUUAACCCAGGCACGCUUCAAACCCACAAGUGGGAAAACUGUUUCACCAUCGAUCGGAAAUCGUGGGGCUUUCGGCGUAACGCCAUGUUAUCAGACUACUAUUCGACGCCCGACUUAAUUAAAGAGAUGGUAUCAACAAUUAGUUGUGGUGGCAAUAUGCUCCUCAAUGUAGGCCCCACACAUUAUGGACAAAUACCUCCCAUUUAUGAGGAAAGGCUUCGUCAGAUAGGAGGGUGGCUUCACAUCAAUGGCGAAGCAAUAUACGGCUCUCGGCCCUGGACAUUUCAGAACGACACCCACACCCCAGAUAUUUGGUAUACAAAGGGAAAAGGAUCCAAGGAGCUAUUCAUGUCAGACCCUGUGUAUGCAAUAGUUCUUGGAUGGCCGAAAUCCGGCGUGAUCGAAUUGACUGCUCCAACGGCCUCUGGGUCUACUAGAGUCACAUUUCUUGGCUAUGCUGGCGCCGUCAAAUGGACAGUUUCUGCAUCUGGGAUUCGAGUAAGCUUUCCCUCGAAAUCUAAAGUAUCCAACGACUGGGCAUGGGUUCUACGGCUGGAUAAUUUACGUUAUUAAAUCAGUUACGGAAUUGUGUAUCCGGUGGUCUUGUAACAAGAUAGUACAA